GCGGGGAUGCAGAGCAUCAAGUGCGUGGUGGUGGGCGACGGGGCGGUGGGGAAGACCUGCCUGCUCAUCUGCUACACCACCAACGCCUUCCCCAAGGAGUACAUCCCCACCGUCUUCGACAACUACAGCGCCCAGAACACGGUGGAUGGCAGGACUAUUAACUUAAACCUGUGGGACACGGCCGGCCAGGAGGAGUACGACCGCCUCCGGACGCUUUCCUACCCCCAGACCAACGUCUUCAUCAUCUGCUUCUCCAUCGCCAGCCCACCCUCUUACGAGAACGUCAAGCACAAGUGGUACCCGGAGGUGUGCCACCACUGCCCCAGCGUGCCCAUCCUCCUCGUCGGCACCAAGAAAGAUCUGAGAAACAACCCCGAGACCAUGAAGCGGCUCAAGGAGCAGAACCAGGCGCCCAUCACCACCCAGCAAGGCAUCAGCCUCUCCAAGCAGAUCCGCGCCGUCAAGUACCUGGAGUGCUCGGCGCUCAACCAGGAGGGCAUCAAGGAUGUCUUCACUGAGGCGGUGAGGGCCGUGCUCAACCCCAUCCCGGCCAAGCCCAAGAAGCCCUGCGUCCUCUUGUGACGGGACUGCCGGUGACCAGCAAGAGACGAUCCUGCCCCUACCCCGGCCCCGCCGCCCCCCAAGACACUGCCCGGCGCCGCCAGAACCCCCCCACCCGCCUGGGUGCCUCCCCGAGCCUCGCUGCCCCCCCUGGGGACGGGGAGACCAGGGCCACCAGCCCGAAGCCGCCAGCUUUAAUAAUACAGACCUUGUUUGCACUAACUGGCCAUCCGCCCCAGGGGCAGCGGGGCUCCCCCAGCCCCGCGGGACCCCCACCUCGGCCCUGGCUGUCAGCGUCCGCUUUUGGGUGACGCCUCUCCAGUCCCGGCACAGAGCAACGCUUCCCAAGAAGGGGAUGCCCGGGGUGGCCGAAGCCCCCUCCUGCCCUGAGCACCCCACAGGGUCCUGCCACCCCCAUCCCCUGCCAACCCCCCCCCCCACACCAGCGGGGCUGAGGGGGGCAUGAGGGGAGGCCCUCAGCCCCUCUGUGCCAGCCCCGGCGCUCGGCCACCUCCAAGCAUCCCACUGCCCUGGCACUGGCACGGCCCCGUCCUGCCAGGGGGUCCCGGCAGCUGUUCCGGGGGUCUCCUGGGUGGGUGUUUGGGGUGAGCCCAGCCCGGCGCAGCAUUGCCAGCUCCCCGGGGAAGUCCAGCCCUGGUGAGAGCAGAGCCGGUGCUGCCAGCAGGCUCUGCCAGAGGAGCGUGUUCCCGCGCCGGCCGGUGCCAGGGCUCCGCAGGGCGGUGGGACUCGCCUGUAACCAGCCGCUCCCCGAGUUGCUUCUCCUGAAAUAAAGAGA